GAUAAAUUAUACAAACCACAAUCAAAUCAAAACUCAUUUUCCGCAAAGCUUUAUCCAUCGGGGGCUAAACAUAAACCAAAAUCAAAACAUUAUUCGUAUUCUUCAUUUCCGUCUCCGUCGGGGGCUAAAUACAAACCACAAUCAAAUCAAAAUUCAUUUUCCGCAAAGCUUUAUCCAUCGGGGGCUAAAAAUAAACCAAAAUCAAAUCAUUAUUCGUAUUCCUCAUUUCCCUCUCCGUCGGGGGCUAAAUACAAACCACAAUCAAAUCAAAAUUCAUUUUCCGCAAAGCUUUAUCCGUCGGGGGCUAAAAAUAAACCAAAAUCAAAUCAUUAUUCAUAUUCCUCACUUCCUUCUCCGUCGGGGGCUAAAUACAAACCACAAUCAAAUCAAAAUUCAUUUUCCGCAAUGCUUUAUCCAUCGGGGGCUAAAAAUAAACCAAAAUCAAAUCAUUAUUCGUAUUCCUCAUUUCCCUCUCCGUCGGGGGCUAAAUACAAACCACAAUCAAAUCAAAAUUCAUUUUCCGCAAUGCUUUAUCCGUCGGGGGCUAAAAAUAAACCAUAUGUAAGACCAAAGCAAGGACAUGACAGAUGGCGUUAUUCAAAUAAACACAAGAAGAAUCUCCGAACCAGUAAACAAGAGUCAACUGAAUCUGCUGAAUCGGAAGAAAAGGUUUUAAUGGGUGGGCAAAGUACUCGGGACUUUGAAUUUAGGACUGAAAUAACUUCUAAUGAGUUUUCUAGAGAUAGAGAAGAAGACGAGACUAGUACAGAGGAGAUACUAAUACAGCACAGCAAUGUUAUCGAUGUUGGGUUGUCUCGAAAGACACCACGACGAUUAAACAUUACUUUUGUUUCACCAGAAAAUUUCAGAAUCAGCGAUGAAAGACGAAUUUUAAGAAAAAGUAACGCAAACGAUUCGUUUGCAGUGGAUACUAGUCCAGGAAAUUUUGAUGCCGUAGAUACAAUGAUUAAGCAUAUAGAAGAAGAAAUAGAAGCAGUAAAAGACCAGGUCGAAUACGUCAAAAAUCUAACUCACUCGAAACGCAUAGAAAAUACAGACAGUAACAGAACGGAAAAUUUUACUGAUGCUGAAGCAUUGGAAUCCAAGAAUACGUUCUCAUUUAGAGCUCAAUAUGAUACAGAUGCGUCUAAUUCUACAGAAACAGAGACUAACCGUAAUAAAACAAAUGAAAAUGUUACUGAGACUACAUCGACAAAUGUCUCUGACAUAACAACCGCUUACGAGGAAAAGGAAAUAACACAUGAAGAGCAUACAUCUGAAAAUCCAAUAAAUAAUAUAGUUGACAUCGAUAAAUCAAAAAAUGGUGAAUCGUUUGACAUGAAUGAUACCCAUUUUGUCAACGAAGUUAAACAUAGACAAGACGAGACUUCUAUGCCACCAAAUGAAAAAGAUAAGGCUGAAUAUAGCCCUGCAAAUAGAACAGUAGUAGAAGUAGGCAAUAAUUCUACUGCCACAAAUAUUGAGGGGGCAGGAAUUACUGCGGGGAAUAUGCGAGAUAUAAGCGAAUAACAGCAAAUAUGCUAAUGUAUCCGUAGUAAACACAGUGAAAGCAGUGGAGCCGAAACAAUUGAAUCUAGCCCUCGAAACAGUCCUUCAAUUUGACGAGAAAGACCGAGCAGCCGACCUAGCCGUCCUAGACAAGGUGCAAGAUUUCCUAGAUAAAAU